AUGGAGCCUAGGAUCCAAGGGUCCGCAGGCAAGGCGGCGGCCGAGCCGCCCAGGUCCAUAGCCACGUCUCCCUCCGGAGUGGUUGUUUGGCCCACGGCGCCAAAAGGCCAUGAGUCCGCGGCUGUGCCACCGCUGCUUAGACAUACCGCUGCUCGCCGGUCGCAAUCGAAGUCGGCCCGUCAGAACCAGCAUCACACCGAUUCGCCCUCCUCCAGCGCCACCACGAGCGCAACCGCAGUAGACGGAGGUGCCCACGCAUCCGACGCGGCACCGGUGACAGAAACCAGCGACGGCGCCAAGCCCGGUGAUAUCAAGCCCCCGCAAAGCGCCACCAUCAAGUCGGCUGAAACGAGAAACGGUGUCAUCGGCUGCCGCAAAGCGCGCGCCAAAUCCUAUCGUCCAGCGUCCCCGGCCGCUAACCGGCUUUUGUUCGGCAAACGUGUAACUACUGAAGAAGGAACUGCAGCCUCGGGGCGUCCUCCAAGGUCUCCGCCGCUGAUCCCGGCAGAGACGUCUGGCGACAAGGAGGAAGCCGGGCCCGGCGUCCCAGCCUGCGCCCCAGUCAUCGCCCCAGUCAUCGCUACCGCUUCGCUGCGGCGGCCAAUGUUCAAGACCACAGCUUCAACCGUGUUUUCCACGGUCGGCAGCCUCAAGCGCGGCGCGUCCUUCGACGCAGGGGCGUUGGCAUCGGAAUCACCUGCGGCUACUGAUGAUAUUGAAAGCGCUACGACCCGACGCAAGUCUUCUGUUCGAUUCGGAGCCACCACCAUACGCGAGAUCUCCCACGUGACUGCGUCCCUGAUCGAGCACCGCCGUCAGAUGGUGGCACUGUUCGUGGUUGGCUUCCUAUGCGUGCUCAUCUCAGCCGGAGGGGUGCUGCUCUUCUUCGUGCUGCGCCAAGAGAGGGCGCACUACUUGGACGCCUGCUCCACGUUGGGCUGCAAGCGCGCCGCAGGGGACCUGGAGCGCCUCAUCGAUGUGUCCAUCGAUCCGUGCCACGACUUCUACGGCCACGUAUGCCGCCGGUGGCUCAGCCACUACGACGCCGGCUACGUUGAGAGAGCGGCCCGCGACCUGCUGCGAGACCUAAACAGCAGCCUGAGCGAGGUCGACGAGCCGAACCGCGUGUCGCCCCGCCUGUUUAGCCUGGCGCAGUUCUACCAGCUCUGCAACCGGUUUAUUGGCGCGCGAAACCUGCAGCUGUCCGACAUGCUUCGGCCCUUCAAGCAAUACAUCGACUUGCUCGCCCUGUCCACCUUUCCCGAGGUCAUCGGACGCGUGGUCAACCUUUCCUUGGUGCACGGAGUACGCACGCUGCUGGAUAUCCGACUCGUGCGCAUGCCGAAGGCAGCCGUGAGACUUAGGAUUGGCUGCGGCAUCUCGCUCGCCCAAAAGUGCUGCGAGAACUCGUCGGCCGAGCUACACCUCUACCUCAAAACCUUGCUGAGUGCUGUCUCCGAGAUGCUGCCCAAGAAUGAACCACGUCGCUCCUUGAACGCCUCCGACAUCGCGGAUAUAGACGCUUACGUCCGUCCUCUCAUGGUCGCGCCGAUAAACGAGCAGAGCUACACCAUCUCGGUCUUCGAGUCACUGAACAGGCUUAUCAGCAGUGACCAAUGGCAGGCGGCGAUAAACAUGGCUCUGCCGGUGACGUCCCGUCUAGGAAAGCAUUCUCGAGUAAUCGUGACCAACGUAGAUGCCAUCACGAAGCUGCUCGCCUACUUCGGAAGCCGCAAGGACAAAGGCGUGGUGUACGUAUACGUCCAACUGCUCAUGGAAGCGAUGCGCUUUGACUACCUGCGCCGCCGAAGCGCCGAGGGUCCGGACGGCGCCGUUAGGACAUGCUUGCGCGCUACCUGGAGCGCGCUGAGUGGCACCAAGGGAGUGGUAGCUUCCAAAUUUAUCCGCGCCCACGAGACCAUGGCACGCGCUGUGUUCGAGCGCGUGCUCUCCUCCGUGCUGCAGGAUGCCGAGAGCUCCCCCUGGAUGGGCGACCUCAUCAAACGCAACGCCAAGGUCACGCUAGGGGGCGUGUCUCUUCGGAGCUUCGCUGCGGCAAUGUCCAAUGCGCCAGCGAGCGAAGACACUGGCGUUAGCGGUCUGAGUGCGUCGUCGGCGCCAAGCGAAUUUCCCGGCCUCUUCAUGGACCUCCGAAGGGCGCGCCAGAACCGCUUCUUGGAGGAUCCGCCACUACUGCGGGUCGGCACCGACGAGUACGGCAGCGACGACUUCCUUUUCUUCGAGAGCCGUGUGGUGUAUGACGUGGUCUCCAACUCGCUGAGGGUUCCAGAGGCUGUGCGGCGCGAGCCCAUCUUGUACCCGGAGGACGUGCCGCUCGAGUUCGCCCUCGGCACUCUGGGCAUGCUAAUGGCGCGGGAGCUACUGCGGGCUGCAGUGCCAAACAGAAUGCCGUCCUUGUGGACGAGUCAGGAACAGGUGGCAUUCCUACGAUACGACCAGUGCGUGGACUCCCUGGCGCGCGGCGCUAUGAACAUCUCUCUGGAGCGGCCACAGGACAAUCGGGCGCCCGAGUACUACUUUUGGCUGCAGGGAGCGCGCACCGCCUACGCGGCUUUGAGCGCCUCGUACGCGGCCGAGCGGCGUGCGGCCAACUGGGACACCUUCUGGCGCGCCGCUCAGCGGACCUUCUUUCGCCGCUUCUGCCUGCUGUCGUGCAGGCCUCAGCAUGACACGGCGGAGGAGCGUCACAGCCUCGAGCCGGCGUUCGUGAACCUAAGGCCCCCUGCAGUGCCCGCGCGGGUCUCAUGCCUGCUGCCCCUGCUCAACAUGCCCGAGUUCGUCGAGGCGUUCGAAUGCUCGCAGACGGCGCCGGCGUGCGCGCUGGCGUGACGUAUCCUCAUGCCACUGCAGAGUUCGCUGUUCGUGUGUGUACGACCAAGCACACGGCUGGAUGCGUGCGGUCUUGGGAACAUAGUGUCGGCAGAAGCUGUGUGAGUUCG